GACUGAAUACUUAAUUUUAGAUACACUGAGGAACACAUUAGCUCCACAGCACUUCCUCUGGUUUAGGAAGCCAAGGCCCCGGGUAAGAAUAACAAGACGAUCAUUCCAAAAGAAGAGCUUCGGUGUAUUCAUGAGUUAAAUUUGUAUUCGAAGUUGGGACGUCUCUCCAGAGAAAGAAUCCAGCCCUCAGCCAGGAUAACAGAUAUGGAUAUUAAUGAUGAUCCUAACGAUGACCAUCUUGCAAGUUAUGACAUUCAGCUCUGUAUUCAGGAAUCCAUUGAAGCGAGCCAGGCUGUAUUCCAUCCUAAAAGAUUGGUACAACUAAGUGAUCAAAACAAAAAGCUUGUGGAGGCCAUAAGGCAAGGUCACAUUUUUGAGCUCCAGGAGUAUGUGCAAUAUAAAUAUGCACUAGAAGAAGCAGAUGAGAAAGGAUGGUUCCCAUUGCAUGAAGCUGUAGUUCAACCCAUUCAACAGAUACUUGAGACUGUUCUGGAUGCAUCCUAUAAGACACUCUGGGAAUUCAAGACCUGUGAUGGAGAAACACCCUUGACUCUGGCAGUCAAAGCUGGUCUGGUGGAAAAUGUCAAGACGUUGCUAGACAAAGGGGUCUGGCCCAACACCAAAAAUGACAAAGGAGAGACACCUCUUCUGAUUGCUAUAAAGAGGGGCUCCUAUGACAUGGUCUCUGCACUGAUUAAAUACAACACCAGCCUUGACCAGCCCUGUGUCAAACGAUGGUCAGCAAUGCAUGAGGCAGCUAAGCAAGGCCGCAAAGAUAUUAUCACACUGCUAUUGAAUCACAGAGGCAACGUCCACCUGAGAGACGGAUUCGGAGUCACACCCUUAGGAGUUGCUGCUGAGUAUGGCCACUGUGACGUGUUAGAACAUCUUAUUCACAAAGGUGGUGAUGUGUUUGCUUUGGCGGAUGAUGGGGCAUCUGUGCUAUUCGAGGCAGCAGGGGGAGGAAACCCAGACUGCAUCUCCCUCCUGCUGAAGUACGGAGGAAGCGGCAAUGUGCCCAACAGAGCAGGGCAUCUUCCCAUACACCGAGCUGCCUAUGAGGGACAUUAUCUUGCUCUGAAAUACCUUAUCCCAGUAACAUCCAAACAUGCAAUUCAGAAAAGCGGCCUCACUCCAAUUCACUCAGCAGCAGAGGGACAAAACGCCCAGUGCCUCGAAUUGCUCAUUGAGAAUGGUUUUGAUGUUAAUGCCCUGCUUGCCGACCACAUUUCCCAGAGUUACGAUGAUGAGAGAAAGACUGCGCUAUACUUUGCCGUCUCCAAUAAUGAUAUCCACUGCACAGAAGUCCUUCUGGCUGCAGGUGCAGACCCCAACUUGGAUCCCCUCAACUGUCUCCUGGUGGCAGUGAGGGCCAAUCGACAUGAAAUCGUCCGGCUGCUUCUCUCCUAUGGGGCUAACGUCAAUUGUUAUUUUAUGCAUGUGAAUGACACUCGCUUCCCCAGUGCCAUUCAGUAUGCCCUAAAUGAUGAGAUUAUGCUGAGGCUCCUGCUCAAUAAUGGUUACCAAGUGGAGCUAUGUUUUGACUGCAUGCACGGAGACAUCUUUGGAAAUUCAUUUGUGUGGUCAGAGACUGAGGAGGAGGGACUGCCAGGGUGGACAUCAUGCGUAAUAAAAGAUAAUCCGUUCUGUGAGUUUAUUACAGUUCCGUGGAUGAAGCACCUGGUGGGCGGCAUUGUCCGCAUACUGAUAGAUUAUACAGAUUACGUCCCUCUGUGUGCAAAACUGAAGUCUGUGCUAGAAGUACAGAGAGAAUGGCCAGAAAUACGCCAAAUAAUAGAGAAUCCUUGCUCCCUGAAGCAUCUGUGCCGAUUAAAAAUUCGCAGAGUGAUGGGACUGCAGCGACUCUGCCAGCCAGCCUCCAUACAGAAGCUUCCUCUCCCGGCCGCAAUGCGAAGAUACUUACUGUUUAAAGAGUAUGACCUCUACGGACAGUAGCUAAAGUUAAUAUAACUUUAAAAUUAUAUUUUAAAAUGUGAUUCUUAAAGCAUUUUUUUAAAAAAACUGUGAUUCCCCUAGAGAAGUCACUGGAAUCAUUUUGUAUUCUUAAGUGUAUUUUAACACCACUGAGAAUCUUGUAGCUAUGUCGUGUCCCUAUGGGAAGAUCAUGUACACUCUUAAAGACUUUUAGGCUGCUAAGAUAAGUAAUAUGCUGUAUUUUCAUUUCUAUUGAUUGUCCUAAGUUGUUAUGAGUCUUCAAAUUCUCCCUAUCAACUGAAUAUCAAUAUUGAGAGUCUAGGCUUAAAAGGUAAAUAACCAGUUUCUCACCACUACCACGCCUGCCCCACAAACAUAUGCCAGCUGCUACCCUACCUAUUAUUAGAACCCCUGCUCUAGAAGAGCUCAUUUGUGCAUGCAGAUUCACCCUGUAAGCCAGCCUCUCCAGUGCUCCUUGGCUCAGUCCCUAACAACUUCCUUGCGGCUAAAUUCUAUAAACAACUUUCGCUCCCCUUCCUGUUGAUUCUUGCGGCACUAACUCCGUUUCCUGUUAGUCCUCGGGUUUUACAACCGUACUGAUAGCCUGCUCUUUUCCCUCUCCGUCCUCCUCCUCAACCUCCCUGCCUCUGCUUCUCCAGGCUGCUCCUCUUCCUGCAGGCCUCUAGAGACAGGUCCUCUGUCCUUUUCUGAUACGCUGUGUUCUCAGGAAAAUUCCAUUCACUAGCCGUUGUUGUGAUCAGUCUGCUGGGGACCAUGAUAUUUAACACCUGAAGUUCAACUUUUUGUCUCCUAUGCUUCAGACCUGUUCGACAUUGACGUAAUAGAUUUCUAAACAUAAAGAUAUCUGUAGCUCCACGCGUCCUCAAAUCCUUCCUUCACAAAACACUUGUCUCUUACAUUCUGCAGUUCAGUACUAGCACAGGCAAUUCUGUUUCCAAGUGAAAAAGACUUGGCAUCAGUCUCGACACACACCCCCACCCCUAUUUUCUCACCCAGCAUGCCAACUCAGCAAAUGCCACCGAGUUUCUCUCUUCAAUCCACCGUUUCCUGCUCAGUCCCACAAAUUCCACUGUACAUCUGACUGUGUUCUUCCUCUUACUGAGACAAUACAGUGCAGCUUCUCCGGCUUGCUCUCCUAGCCUUUCUUUUUCCCAGUUCCUUACAGAGUCCACACACAGCACUUUAGAAUGAACUUUCAGAGACUUUAAUAUAGCUCAUCUCCCUUGCUGAAAAUCACUCCCUAUUAUUUUGGGAUAAACAUCUCAAAUUCUCCCAAGACCUCCACACUUUAACUACCCAACCCAUGUCCUCUGUAGCCUAUCUGCAUAUCCCCACCCCCUUUUGGCAACAUCAUUGCUACACAUCUUCUACAGCAAUUCCCAGGCUUUAUGGUUUUAUAAGACCAGAGGUUUUCAUUUUAUUAUUAUCAUUAAUAAUAAAAUAAGGUCCUCUUUCUAAAGGAUACCAUCUGUUAUCAUCAUGAGUUCAGUUUUAAAGGGGGUUAUUUCUUAGAAUGCUAGAAAGCAAGACAGUGGUAAGCUCACUCAUUAAAAUGGAUUGACUUUAGCUUUGAAAAGAUGGACCAUGCUAUUAUCUCUUCACUGACAAGCAAAACUUCACUGUGCUCCACAAGGAUCUGAGUCUCUUAGAUGGGAACCGUUGUGAACCCCAGGACCUUGACAUUUCCUUCGCUCUCUCUAUCUGAAGCGUUCUUUCCUGUCCUUUACGCCUCUCUCCCACUGAUUAGCUGACCCUUACACUGCGGAUCCUGAUUCAGCUGUUGCUUCCUCCGGAUGGAGGUCACUGCGGACAGCCGCUCACUUGGUAUUGUAGUACUCUAUGUUACACUAGACUGGAAGCCCCAUGGGGGCAGGAUCGUGUCUGCUUUAUUUCCCAGUAUGUCGUCAAAGCCAAACACACGCCCUAGAAUGUGAAUGUUAUAUAAGAACCAGACUAAAAUAAUCAGUGACUUGGUGGUAAUAUGAUAGGUAGAGUUUCGACUUCGUGUGUAAACCCAGUAGUAUUCUUAUUUAAAUUGCUUAUUCUUUCAUUUUUUGACAUUUAUUUUAUCAUAAGAGUAAAUAUUCUUUUGGUAAUAAUAUCUUACUAGUUUGUAAAUUUUCUGAGUUACAUUUACUUUCAGUUAUCUUUGAAAGACAAAUAAGUCUGGAAAGAAAAUCAUAUAAUCAGGGUUAUGGUUUCAAUGUAUCUCCUUGAGGAUUUUUUUAAUACAAAUUAUACCAUAAUGUAUUUAACUCGAACUGUGAUGUUUUAUGUACAAUAUAUCAUAAUUCUUGUUGUUGCUUUCUUUAUUGUGCCUAAAGUCCUUGCUUAUAAAUGUUGCUCUAAAUAAAUAAAAAAUAG